CUUUUGUACUGUUGUCAAAUUUCAUCCCCAAAUCUCACCCUCAUCUUCUGACCUUUUCUUGUUCGUUACUACAUUUUUUUUGUUAUUAUUAUUUUUGAUUAUCAUCUCUUCUGGAAAAUCACUCUCAUCACAUCCGUAUACCGCCGUGAUUCGAACGUAACGAUUGAACAAGUUUUCGAAUUCGGACGUACCCUUCUCUUUUCUCCUCAAAAUCAAUUGAAUUUUGCUGGGAAUCAAUCCAAAUUGCCGUGCAAUGAGAAUCAGAAGACCAUUCUGAUAACAUUGUCUCUCUGAUUUCCGUGUUAUUGGAAUUUCUGCAUUUCUUCUGCCUAAUUCCGUUGAAGAUGGAUACGUUUAGGUUUAGCGGUUUUUUAAUAAUUCUUCGACGUUUUUAUUCAUGAAUUGCGUUCUAGCAUUUGUGUAUGCAUCAUCAUCUACAGCGUUUCAUCUAAACGCAUUAAACUAUCGCCAGCGCCGCGCCCCCUUUUCUUUUUCUUGAACGAGAAGAAGGCAGGGCAGAAUCUUGUUAAUCUAGGAUAUUCGUUUCAUUCGUCAUUUUGUCUACCUAUUACCCCAUUGUUUCAUGAUUUGUGUGCGCGAUAUCUGAGGCUGGAAAUGUCGACCCAGCAGCAGAAUUCGGAUUCAAACGCCGUUUCAGGCGCUUGUCUCUUUGAUCUCCUGUUUCCAGAUUCAGAAAUGCAAGGCUGGGACUGGAGUCGAAUGCCCUCUGAUUCAGAAGUGCAAGGCUGGAAUUGGAAAAAGGAUCAACAACUCUCGGGCCCCCAGAAAAGGUUGGAGGAUCUGUUGCACCAGCCUGGUAAUAGAUUGUGUGCAGAUUGUGGAUCACCGGAUCCAAAAUGGGUAUCGUUAAAUUUGGGAGUGUUUAUCUGUAUAAAGUGUUCUGGAGUACACAGAAGUCUUGGAGUUCAUAUCUCUAAGGUUUUCUCAGUGAAACUAGAUAAUUGGACGGAUGAACAAGUCAAUGCUUUGGCUAGCUUGGGUGGAAACACUGAUAUAAACAAGAAGUAUGAAGCUUCAAUCUUUGAGGGCUACAAAAAACCGAGACCAGAUGCCUGCAUAGAGGAGCGCUUCGAUUUUAUUAGGAGAAAGUAUGAACUGCUGCAAUUUUAUAACGCCAGUAGUCAUAAUUCUAGUGAUCACCAGUCAAUUAAUAAAAGUUCAUCAUGCUCUCAAAACAACUCUCAAAACAACUCUUCAAGCAAGAAUGGUACCCAUACCCAUGAUAAAAGGCACCAUGAGAAUGAUAAAAGGCACCAUGAGAAUGAUAAAAGGCACUUUGAGAAACAAGCUACCAGGCAUCGCAUCGGGCAUGGAUUUCGUAACAGUUGGGGAAGAAAAGACAGUGACCAUAAGAGUUCCGAGAAGAGAAACCAUUUAGUCUCGAGACAACCAUCGGCAGGUAUGGUUGAAUUUGUUGGGUUGAUUAAGGUCAAUGUGGUUAAAGGCACGAACCUAGCUGUUCGAGAUGUGGUGACCAGCGAUCCCUACGUAAUUCUCAUCUUAGGGCACCAAUCGGUGAGGACUCGCGUCAUAAAGAACAACCUUAACCCAGUUUGGAACGAGAGCCUAAUGUUGUCCAUUCCUGAGCAUAUCCCUCCGCUAAAAGUGCUUGUAUAUGACAAGGACACAUUUUCGACUGAUGACUUCAUGGGUGAGGCCGAGAUCGACAUUCAGCCGUUGGUUGCUGCCACGAAGGCCUACGAGAAGUCCUCAAUUGAUGAAUCAAUGCAGCUGGGAAAAUGGGUGGCAAGUAACGAAAAUACCUUGGUAAAAGAUGGAAUCAUCAACCUUGUAGAUGGAAAGGUCAGACAGGAUAUAUCUCUUAGAUUGCAGAAUGUGGAGAGAGGUGUUCUUGAGAUUGAACUAGAAUGCAUUCCUCUCACACAAUAGCUGCUGCCAUGGUAAAGUUAUUGAAAUCAAUCAAAUGAUUUUAAGAUUCCAAAAGCUCUAUUCUAUAUUCCAUCAAUCACUGAAACAAAGAUUCAAAAUUGCUUUUGAUGGCUAUGAUGAUGAGAGGCACCUUCAAAUGAUCAUGCUCCCUGGGUAGCUGUUGUAUAUUAUUGAUAUUUGUGAAGUGUAAAUAAAAAAGAUGGUGUAAUAUAUGCUAGAUUAAUCUGUCCUGUUUUAUACUGCAAAGUUGGCUGUGACCAUAUUUUAGCCUGCACAUUAUAGUGGACUUGUCUUGUUGACGAAAAAUCUAUAGAAACAAGGAAGACCUUCCUUUUCCGUAUGUAUAUAGGCAUUGAGAUUGUGAUCGUAUUGUUCGUAAA